AUGAUCCUCUGUUAUGGUUGUUUUCUAUAUCUAAUAGCAGUAUACUUUAAACUUACCAUAUCUAUAAGAUUAUCUCCUCUACUUGUUCCAGUCGAAGCCAUAAAAACUGCUUCUUUACCUCUCACAAACACUACUGAAUUCAAAGUGAGAUGUGUUGAGGGUGAGAGAAAAGCCCUAUUAAACUUCAAGCGAAGUCUCAGAGAUCCCUCUGACCGACUGGCUUCUUGGUUUGGCAAAGAAUGCUGCAUUUGGAAAGGUGUUUACUGUGACUUCCAAACUGGUUAUGUCAUCAGCCUGGAUCUCAAUGAUAGAUCAAACAAUUGCUAUUGGAAGAAAUUGGGACAUUUGAUUCCAGGCAAUUCAACAUGCUUGGGUGGCAAGGUAAGUCCUGCUUUACUCGAAUUGCGAUACCUGAAGUAUUUAGACCUUGGCGGUAAUGACUUUCAAGGACUUGCCACUCCCAAUUUCUUUGGUUCUCUUGAAAAAUUACAGUAUCUUAACCUCAGUCACUCAUCGCUUAUUGGUCUUCCUCCUUCACUUGGAAAUCUGUCAAAUUUGCAGUAUUUAAGCCUAAACACAUAUUCCUAUCCUUACCACACUGUGGAAAGAGGUUGGGCUACAGAUUUGAUUUGGGUUUCCGGUCUGUCUUCUUUGAAGUACAUUGAUCUUUCUUAUGUGAACCUUUCUUUGGUGAAGCAUUGGUUUGAAGCUUUUAAUAAGCUGCCAUCCUUAGUGACUUUGCGUUUGGAAAACAGUAGUCUUCACUAUCUCCCUUACUCCUUCCCAUACCGGAAUAUGACUUCUCUUUCUUAUCUCUCCCUUUCACGGAAUAAAUUUGGUAAUUCUGUGUUGCCUAAAGGGUUGACUAAUGCCACCACCAUUAAGGUACUUUAUAUGGAGUCUAGCAACAUUGAAGGUCCAAUAUCAGAUGUUGAAUGGGGUAAACUCUGUAAUCUGUGGGAGUUGUAUCUAACGCGGAAUAAAAUUAAUGGAGACAUAAGUCGAGCGGUGGAAGGUUUGUCCAGCUGCAGCAACAAUACUAUAGAGGUAUUAUGUCUUGGCGAAAACGCAUUGACAGGAAAAUUGCCAAAUUCGUUAGGACAUUUGAAGAACUUAAAGAUGCUUGAAAUUUCUUUUAACAUGAUAUCAGGCAUGAUUCCAGCAUCUAUUGAGCAGUUGUCAGGGUUGCAGAUUUUGGGCUUGGGAGAAAAUCAACUGAAGGGAGCAUUACCUGAGAGUAUUUUCAAUUUUUUUGAAUUAACUAAAUUGCGGCUGUCAACAAAUUCUUUGGAAGGCAAACUUUCACAAAAUCACUUUGCAAGACUCCAUCAACUGAAAAUAUUAUGCCUAUCUUGUGGAAGAAGUUUUGCGGUCAACUUGAGUGAUGAAUGGGUUCCUCCAUUUAGCCUCUCAGCUAUCGAGCUUAGAAGUUGCAGUUUGGGUCCCAAGUUCCCCACAUGGCUGGAAACUCAAAAGCAACUUGAGGUUGUUAUUCUCACCAAUGGCUCCAUUUCAGAUCCUAUACCUCCUUGGCUUUGGACGCUAUGCUCACAAUUGCAAUUUCUUGAUCUAUCAGAUAAUCAAAUUGGUGGAAGUCUUCCGAGGUUAGUAAAUUUUCCAUCAACAUCCCAAAGCUGGACAGUGGGUUUCUAUUUUAGUUACUAUUAUGGUAUUGUGGUGGACUUGAGUUCCAAUCGCUUCCAUGGAUCUAUACCCUUAAACAUCGGUCAUGUGAUGACAAAACUUCAAGUGUUAGAUCUUUCUGGAAAUGCUUUUAUAGGAUCUAUACCUUAUUCAAUAACAAGAGUGAAGAAGCUAUUGAGAUUGGACCUUUCAGAAAAUCAUUUGUCUGGAAAGAUUCCUGAUUGGUGGUAUGAAUCCCAACAACUUCAAGUCAUAGAUUUGUCAGGGAAUAAUCUUUCAGGUAGUAUUCCUCCUUCAGUUUGUUCACCACUUUCACUUUUUUGGUUGAGAUUGAGCCAAAAUAACCUUUCCGGAGAACUUCCAAAAUCAUUGAAGAAUUGCAAUAGCUUAGUUACACUUGAUAUUGGAGAGAACAAAAUCAGUGGCCCCACACCCGAGUGGUUAGGAGAAAGUCUCUUAUCUAUGAAAAAGCUUAGAAUGACGUGUAACAUGAUUGAUGGACGCAUUCCAGCACAACCUUGCCAACUUUCUGGCCUCCAAAUUCUUGAUCUUUCACAUAACAACUUGACAGGUUCUAUACCUUCCUGCCUGGGAAGUUUGAGAGCUCUUAAAUCAGUGAAAUUUUACAUGUGGGAUCCUAACUACCGCUAUUACAGCUAUGUUUUUACACCCAAGAUGGACUUGGUCAAGAAAGGAACAAAGAUGACAUACACGAAUACUUUAGAUCAAGUGAAUCUUAUUGAUCUUUCCUGCAACAAUCUUCACGGUGAAAUCCCGAAUGAGAUUACUGGUCUCUCAGACUUGGGGAAUCUAAAUUUAUCGGGGAACCAAUUAUCAGGAAAAAUUCCGAAGGACAUAGGGAGCAUGCAGCUAUUGGAGACACUAGACCUUUCCUCUAACCAUCUCUCAGGUUCUAUACCAUUGAGCAUGACUUCCAUCACCUCAUUGAGCCAUCUUAACUUGUCAUAUAACAACCUUGGUGGCCCUAUCCCAUCAACAAACCAAUUUGGAACCUUUACUGAUCCUUCAUGUUUUGAAGGUAAUCCAGAACUUUGUGGGAAACCAUUGAUUACGGAUUGCUCUCUACCCAGGAAAAAGGAAAUGGAAACGAAAAUUGAAGAUGAUGAGCAUGAAAUAAGGCUAUGUUUUUUCGUGGGUGCAGGAGUGGGAUUUGUUGUCAUGUUUUUGGCGACAUUUAGUAGCUUGAUGAUAAAAAAGUCGUGGGCAUAUUGCUGCUUCCAUUUCAUGGAGGAAGUUGGAGAAAGAAUUAUCAGGUGCUGUUUGGGUUUCAUGGCUUGCUUGAAUAGGAUUUUUAGCCUCAGAAGGAACUUAUUUCCAUAG